UGAACCGUGAGAGGGAGGUUUUCAGGCAGGUAGACAACAUCCUGUUGUUCGGGCGCUCCUCUCUCUUUUUUGCACAUCUGGCUGAACUGGGAGGCGGGUGGCUGACUCGUGUUGGGUUGCGGCGGCAGCAGCAGCAGCAGCGGUGGCAUCUGUCCGCUGCCGUUCCACGCCUAGGUCCUCCCAAGAGUUCCCCAGGCCAUGGAGGCGGUGGCUGUGUAUCAUGGCAAAAUCAGCCGGGAGACGGGGGAGAAGCUCCUGCUUGCCACGGGUCUGGACGGCAGCUAUUUGCUGAGGGACAGCGAGAGCGUCCCGGGAGUGUACUGCCUGUGUGUUCUGUAUCAAGGUUACAUUUAUACAUACCGAGUGUCUCAGACAGAAACAGGUUCUUGGAGUGCUGAGACAGCACCUGGGGUACAUAAAAGAUUUUUCCGGAAAAUAAAAAAUCUCAUUUCAGCAUUUCAGAAGCCAGAUCAAGGUAUUGUAAUACCUUUGCAGUAUCCAGUUGAGAAGAAGCCCUCAGCUAGAAGUACACAAGGUGCUACAGGGAGAAGAGAAGAUACUGAUGUCUUCCUGAAAGCACCAUGAAGAAAAAUAAAACACACCUUGUACUUUAUUUUCAGUAAUUUAAAUAUAUGCUAAGUCUUAUAUAUAAUUGAUAAUACAGUUCAGUGAGCUACAAAAGUAUUUCUGAAACCAUCAUAGUCCUGUAAUGGAAGCAUCUAUAGCAUGAUGUUAAAGCUGAAAUGGACUUUUCGGAUAAUGAGGAGCUUUGAAAUGAGGAUUGGGGAAAAAUAAUUCCACAGGUUAUUUUCAGUUAUUGUAUUUACAAAUGGGAAAUGACUUAAAACAUAAUGAUACUUUAUAAAAGAUUAAUGUCAAUUCUUGCCAAAUAUAAAUAAAAAUAAUCCUCAGUUUUUCUCAAAAGCA